AUGAUGGAAGAAUAUAUUAUUGUCAAAGAUGAAGAGGCGUCAACAACUUCUUUGGAGAUACUUAGAGGAAAUCUGCUGAACGAAGAGGACGUAGGGAAAUGGAUGAAGCAGUACUGUUCAUCAACGAACACGUCGUGGAUUGUUGAUGCUGUGCGUAGCAACUGCGAAAGGAUGGUGUUUCACAAGGUUUGGCGCUGUCAACACCAUGGACGCAACAAGCGGUCGUCAAGUAGUCAGCGUGUGACAGGUUGUACAGCAAAACUAGACGUGAAGAUAAAAAAAACUAACAGAAACACCAAGGGAUAUGAUGAGUUUUUGCGGAGAGAUGUGCCUCUUCCUGCUGUCAUGAAGAUUGACUCGAGGCACAACCACAGUACGCAAAGUGCGGAUGCCCUGAGACUUCUUCGUAGCACCCCAGAAGCAAAGGCAACGUUCCUGGAGUACUUCAAUGAAGGCAUGACGGCAGCCAAUGCAAAGAGGCUGCAUGAGUCUAAGCUUGCAGUUGAAGUUAAUGGUGCUGAACUACUAGCAAAUGCAGCAAUAAAUCCAACCACUAGAACUGUCAACCACUGGUAUGAGACAUGGAGGAAAGAUCAAUAUGGAGGAAGAGAAGCAGCCUUCGAUCCUAUCUUGAAAUUGAAGGAGAAGAGCUCCAGGUACAAGGAGCUAGGCAUCACACUAGAAUGCAGCCAGUCUGAAGACAGCAGCUUGUGGGCCAUCCUCAUUGUUACACCAAUAAUGAGGAGACUGCAGGGCAAGGAGACUGCAGCGGAGGUUAUUUUCAUCGACUCAACCUCAUCAUGUGAUUCGGCACACAGCACAGUCACAGUCCUCCUUACUGGAACAAACUGGAACUGGUGCAGUGCCUAUAGCUGUGACACUUCACAAUGCACAGAGCACUGA